AUGCUCGAACUGGACGGCCGCACCGGCGAGGGUGGUGGUCAGCUUGUCCGCAUCGCGACAGCUCUCGCGGCCUUGACCGGCCAACCUAUCCGUGUGGUUAAUGUCCGCGGCAACCGGCGAUUUGGAGGCGGACUCAAAGCACAGCAUGUCACCGCCAUCGACUGGCUCGCCGCGGCCACGCACGCAACGGUCAGCGGCGUCGAGAAGGGCAGCCGCACCUUCACAUUCAAACCCAGACACGUCUUGCUACCACACAACACGUCUCCCGAUAACCCAAUUGAGCUCCGUGCCGCGACCGCGGCGGCUAGCACAAGUCUGAUGCUGCAGGCCGUCCUGCCGUAUCUGCUGUUUGCCCGCCCCUGGACUCCGCCGUCAGCGGCCGAGGCGACCGCGCCCGUGAGCAUCGACCUCUACGGCGGCACGCACGUGUCGUUUGCGCCGACAUACGACUACCUCGACCAGGUGCUCUUUCCGACGCUCGAGCAGUGGUUUGGGGUGCGUGUCGAGCGAGACCUGGUCCAGGCUGGAUGGGGCACAGGGCCGGCCCACGCAGCGGCCGGCCUUGUCCGUCUGGUCGUCCACCCACCGACAGGUGCGACGCUGGUUCCCAAAGUGCCGUCCUUGCUUGUUGACGCGAACGACAGCGUGCCUGUCAUUGCAUCGAUCGACGCGACGGUGUUGGCCCCCGCCGACCUGCUGGACCCGCUGGCGGAUGCUUUGGCCCAGGAGGUGGCCAAGUGUGCUCUUCUGUCACCGGUCUCGGAUGGGGCGAUGGUGGACCUGCAGUUUGCGAGAAUGGAGGCGAGCGGGCACGACUCGCGGGUGUAUGUCCUGCUGGUGGCGCGGACCGCAGAGGGGGGCGUGGACGGCGUCCGGUUCUGGGGACGCGACUACCUCGGGACGGAGACGAUCAAGCGCACUGGGGCCGGUACCGUCACGAGCAAGGGGAAGAAGGGCGGCAAGGGCAACAAGAGUCGCACGCGUGCACCGGAGCGAGGAGAGACUGAAGAUUCGGCUGCAAGCGGCUUUGGCAUGCUCUGUGGCCGCAUCGCGCGACGGGUCGUGCUCGACUUGGCGGACGAGGUGGCCCACGGUGGGUGUGGCGAUUCAUACCUGCAAGACCAGCUGGUCGUGUUCCAGGCACUGGUUGCAGGCCAGACCUCGUUCUGGAGAGGUGAAGAGGGAUAUAAACAGGACACACCCAAGGACGAGGACGAGGACAAUGCGGAGAAGGGAGAACACGGUCCAGUGGCCGACCUGCAGGAGGCCGUUGAGCAGCUGACAUUGCAUGAGGGCGAGAAGCGUGAGACAAAAGACGAGGGUGUUGCCGACGACAUGACUGUACCAUUUGGACAGGGCAGUCUCCAUGCGUCGACGGCACGGUGGGUGACGGCCCAGGUGCUGCCUUCUGUGCGCUGGUCGUCCAACGGGACUGUCUGUGAGGGAGUUGGAUGGACAAGAGGGGCCAAGUAA